UAAUGGAGGAGCAAAUAGCCAGCCUAGCAGGGCUGGUUCACCAUGCAUUGUCUGUGGGAGGAGAUAGUCCAAGAACUCAAGCACAUGCCGGUGAAAGCCCUUGGAAGAAUAGCUCUGUUUCAUCUGAGCCACAUGUGACCAGUGAUGUAACCGAUGUGAUUAGCUCUGCCUCGGGGGCUAUUUUGGCUCCAACCGCAGAAAGUGAGCUGCAGCAGUGCUUGGUGCAAGUGAAGAGCAAUGUGAAUGAACUACGUCUCCAAUUAAAUCAACUCAGACGUUUACAGAUAUCACACCAGCAAACCACCAAGUCUUUGUUGCACUUGGCUAGCCAGGAAUUGCUGUUAUUGAUGUGUGAUGGCUUCACUCAGUCUGAGGAGACCACAUGUGGACCAAGAGCUCAGAUAGGGGAGGAGAGGAUUAAUUACCUUGCUACAGAGGAGAAAAUACUCAAACAGCUCAGUGAACUGGAGGAUUACGUGAACAACUUACAUUCAAACAAUGUUUCCCGACAUGGCCAUUUGCCAAUCAAUCUGAAAGAUGUAGAGGAGGGAGCAGUGAACCUGCGCAAAGUUGGGGAGUCCCUUGCUAUUCUUAAAGGGGAGUUUCCAGAACUGCAAGUAAAGAUGCGUUCGGUGCUCAGGCCGGAAAUGGAUGCAGUUCGUUUUCUGAAGGAGGAGCCUCAUAAAAUGGACUGCAUGUUAAAAAGAGUCAAAGCACUAACUGAAGGUCUCAGCUCUCUACGCAGAUGUGUGUCAGAAGCAAAUCCCUCAUUCAAAGCCACCCAAGUGGACUUACCAAAGGUCUCUGAAGCAGACCAAGAAGGUCUGAUAACCCAGAGUCCUCAGACCUCACCACAACCACAGCCUCGGUCAUCAGUCAGAGCCCCUCAGCCCAUUCCAUCAUCCUCCUCAACUGAGCCUAAGCUCAACUAUGUAGCCUCAGCAUCCCCAGCCACUGUUAGGAUGACCUCAGCUACGGUGAUCCAGGUCCACCAGCACAGUCCACUACUGAACACCACCCAUGGAAGAGACCUACCAACUGUGGCCAAGGUGAGUCCUCGUAGCAGAGAGGGCGGCCCUGCCCUGCAGAAGCGACCGACUCCUCUCCAGUUGAAUAAACUUCACAGAUCAGGCGUGCCAAAAACAACAAAGGGGCGUCACACAGAAAAUCAAAUCCAAACCUCUUUGAAAACCACUGUCAACCCUACCAUGAAAACUGAUGGAGAAAGUCAAGAAGGAAGUCUGACUCAAGAAACCAGGAGUGUGAGCAAGCCAAGGACCCAUCUACCAAACCAGCCCUCUACCAAAAAUGUAGACAAGGUCCUGCAAGAAGCCCAGGCCAGUGUGAUGAAGUCCAUUCCUGAUCUGGAUUUGUCAGAGACCAAAGUGGCUCAUUCAGAUUUGGCCUCUGGAGAGAAAAAAUGCUUUACUUCCAAGAAAAAGAUGGAAAAUCGUCCCGACACACUGCAAGCUCUGUUGUCUGGAACUCGGGAUGAAGAACCAGCACAGCAAAAUCAUGAAGUGGAUUGUUGUCAGUUGAAGCCCUCGGACCACACGUCCACAGAUGGAAAAGCCGAGACGGUCCAGUAUAGAAAAGAAGCAAAGUCCUAAUAGAAGUGGCCAGUCUCCUCCUCCUCUACUAAGAAGGUGUUUCUCGUGCAUCACCUUUGCAACCUCAAAACAAUCAACUCCAUUGUGGAAGUGUCCAUUAUUUUUUCAGAUUGCAUGGAACCGCU